AAAACAAAAAGAAAACAGAGAAAAAGGAAAGAAAUAAAAACUGCGGUAGAAUCUCAACCCUUACAUUUACAGCGCGUGUAUGCAACGUCAUAAUCUCAAUCAUUCAAAAGAUUGCGUGCGCAAGCGCUCACUCAACAGGUUCCCAUUAGUACAGAACAAAAGCCUAAAAAGAAAAGAAAAAAGAAAAAGAUAUUUAAAAUAGAAAUAAGGAAAACAAAAUCAGAUAGAAAAACUGCAAGGCAAAAAAACCAGAGGAUCUAGGGUUCCCUCGGAUCUCUCUGUUUCGAAAAGAUUAGGUAAUUAUAUAUAGAUUUAUAGGUGUUUUUAAUGGAUUAGUUACUUGUUUAUUUUCUAAUUAGGGUUUUCGAAAUCGGUAAGUUGAUUUAACGGCCGAGACUUUUGUUUUUUGGGACAGUAGUGUUGGAGUUAGGGUUUUAAUCGAUCGAACCCUAAAAUCGGUGAUUUUGGGAAACAGACUUUAACAAAUUUACGGAGAAUCGAAGCUGGAAAAAGGAGGAUUUUGGAGAGAUUUAUUUUAAUAUACUAUAGUAUUUUUGCGAUCUGUAAAAAUGCGAGGAGUGCACAAAUCGAAAAGGGUUACUUGGGCACCGGAUGUUAACCUUUGUCAGAUAAGGCUGUUUCUAUCAGAGGAAUCACCUUCACAAGUUGGGUUGGGUGCUCAAGAUCAUCUCCAAGCAAAAACCUCUUCAGUACCUCAUUUAAAUGGGGCAGCUGUGGAUGACUUUCUGCCUCCUGGCUUUGAAGGAGCUCAUUCUACAAAUCAUCUGCAAUUUAACUUGUCGGAAAUCCCCGUGAUUAAAUGGAGAUGUCCUCUCAAAUUUGUAUUGGACUUGAAUUGGCAAGUAGUUGCCGGAGAGGAAAGUAAAGAGGUGGAGAUUCAAAAUCAGAGAGAAGUGAGAGUGCUUGAAGCUGUUUAUCCCCGCCCAUCUGCAAUUCCUGAAAACCCUACGGUUUCAGCAGACAUAGCAAACUGUCACUAUGAUGAUCAACAAACUCCCCCAAUACCCAUAACUCCUAUUGAAGAUGAGGAUGCAGCAAGUGAAACACCAUCUGACGUCUUAGCACCAUUCAUUGCCCCCAUUAGUUCACAGCACCAGUUGUUUUCUCCUGUUAUUUUACCGCCUCAGCAUUGCAGUAUGCCAAGUGUUUCAAGUGCUUCAGUCAAUGAGAAACCAGCAGCUGGAAUGGUCCUUAAUGUUGAACCCGGUGUAGCAGCUGCUGCAUCUGCUGCCCUUACAGCAAUUAAUCAAAGCAAUGAACAUGGAAACAUGAUUGAUCCUGACUUACUCGUCAAAAUUCUCAGCAACCCGAAAUUGAUUGAGAAAUUAGUUACAGAUUAUGGAGCGGCUUCAGGUGCACAAAACUUACCUAAAUCGACAUCCCCCUUGGUACGUUCUUCUGACUCACCUCCACCUGUAAAUCUAUCCGAACCAUCUCUUGCCCACAUCAACAGAACAGAAAAUGGCACGCCAUCCCUAGCAGCUACUUCUAGUGGAGCGUUUUAUGCUCAGCCAAAUGGGAUUGGAGUUGGACCCCCAAAUAAACAGGGUCCUGUUACCAUUAUCCGUCCAGUUUCGUCCUCACCUGCUGUCGGGCCUCCUCAGAAGAAAGAUGUAAACUAUUACAAGAGCUUGAUUCAGCAGCAUGGAGGAGAAAGACAAGGACCAGCUCAGAAGUUCAAUAGCCGAUACAAUCAACAGUUAAGACCAAACCAAGAACUAAUAAAUAACCCCAAAUCAAGAGAUUCGAAGCCAAGGAUAAUGAAGCCUUGUAUGUACUUUAACAGUUCCAGGGGAUGCAGGAAUGGAGCCAAUUGUGCGUACCAACAUGAUACACCCUCCCAGAACAGGGGCAAUAACGUUUCGGACUCACCGAAUCCAAAGAGAAUGAAAAUGGAUAGAGAAAUAAGCAGUUAGAGAGCACGUAAGCCUUUUCACACGGAAAAAGCCUACUGUAGCUCUACCUUUUAUUUCUACACUGGCUUGGGUUUUAUUUUUUUGGCAAAUAGCCAAAUAGUGUAAUUCUUGUACUCAUUCUCAUGCAGCUAGAUUUAAGAUUUAAGUUGUGGGCGAGAGAGCCUUGAUAAUCACAAUCAAUUGCGGAUUUAAGAGAGCAUUUUUUGUUUCCAUUUUCCUUCUUCCUUUAUCCAAUAACCAUAUUACAAUGACUACUUGAAAGUUUAUAUGUCGUGGUGGUAUUUAAUAUGCAUUUAAGCUUGGAAAGAAGGAACAAUUAAGGCCAAGUCGAUUAAUUUAUUGA